AUGCCAGGCGUUUCGACCCCUACAGCAACACUUACAACAAGGGGUGGCACCAACAUCCCAACUUCUCCUGGGUGGGACCAAUCCUACACCACCAAUCUCCCAGGGACCUCCAGGCUUCCAGAGCCCUUCUUAACAACCCAGACAAGGGAAAUUCCAGCAGCAACAACCACUUUACCCGCCCAGAUAGGGGCUAGUUCCUCCUUAGUCACAGAUGCGGCCAUUUCAGCCGUCAGGUGCAGCCCCCGCAGCCCCAGUAUAGAGUGA